AUGGAACAGCAUUUUGACGUGAUCGUGGUGGGAGGAGGUAAUACAGCGUGUUGUGCGGCGUUAGCUGCUUGUGAAGCUGGAGCUCGCGUUGCCAUCGUGGAAGCAGCUCCUAAACACGAGAGAGGCGGUAACAGUCGGUUUGCAGGCACCGCAUGGCGAUUCCCGCAUAACGGGAAGAAGCAUCUUGAGCCACUGCUUGCCCGGAAUUCCCUGGGCGACUUCGAUCGAUGCACUAUGGGAUCGUAUACUGCAGAACAAUUCACACAGGACAUGCUGAAAAAGUCUGGAGGGCGGCACGACCGGGAUGAGAUUGCCACGAUCGUCAAACACGGCUACGAUACCAUCAAGUGGAUGGCAGAGCAUGAAGUACCAUUCAUUCUACCUCUCAACAUGUGGGUUCAUAGGGAAUCCAGCGAGGUCGUUGGACUAAAUCCCGGUGUGCCCGUCAUCAACCAGGACAACGGUCGCGGCCUUACAGAUGCCAUGUGGGCUGCCGUUGAGAAGACAACUAUAAGUGUUUUCUAUGCUUCGCCAGCACACGACUUGAUCGCUGAAGGUGAUAAAAUACUAGGCGUCCGUGUAAGGCGAGAGGAGUGUUUCGUCAACUUCUAUGGAAAGGUUAUCCUGGCUUGCGGCGGGUUUGAAGCUAAUCCCAGAAUGCGUCGGCAAUAUCUGGGAGAAGGCAUGGAACUAUCCGUGGUCCGUGGCACCCGAUUCAACACAGGAGUGAUGCUUGAGAAAGCCAUCAACGCUGGAGCUCAGGCUCAAGGCCAUUGGGGCGGCUACCAUUGUGCACCUCUCGAUAUUGACACCCCGAAAGUGGGUGACUUCAAUAUCCUCGAUGCUUGGGAGAGGUAUUCUUUUCCUUAUUCCAUUAUGGUGAACACGGCUGCGCAACGUUUUGUCGAUGAAGGAGAAGACGAGCCAAGUCUGACAUAUUCGAAGAUGGGUGCCGCCAUUGUCAAACAGCAGGAUGGUAAAGCCUUCCAAAUCUUUGACCAAAAAGUCCUGCAUCUUCUCGAGCCAAGAUAUAAAACCCACGCUACUCCAAUUGAAGCAGAUUCGAUCGAGGUUCUGGCUGAGAAGCUCGGUCUAGAGGCGAGGGCACUGCGGAAGACCGUCGACGAUUUCAACGCUGCUACGCCAAAGGGCAGGCCAUUCGAUCCAUUCCAAAAUGAUGGGUUAUCUACAACCCCUUCGCUGUUGCCAACAAAGUCCAAUUGGGCCCUGCCUUUGGACAAGCCUCCUUUCGUGGCAUACACCGUUACCACUGGCAUUACAUUCACAUUCGGCGGCAUCAAAACCGAUCGCAAGGCUAGAGUUUUGACAAAUGAGAACCGUCCCAUGCACGGCUUAUAUGCGGUCGGAGAGAUCACAGGUGGAUUUUACUUUGGUUAUGCAGCAGGGGCGUCACUCAUACGUUCAUCGGUUCUCGCAAAAAUAGCUGGCCCUCAAGGAGAUGGCCAGGUUUAUGUUAAGGUGUCGGCGCUAAAUGGCGGGUUUGUGACGCUGCCAGAGAGACUCUUCGUCACAGACGCCGACCCCGAGAAAACAUCGACCGUACCGUCCAUGUGCUUUCUGAUCGAACAUCCGGUGCCGGGAUCCGACAGGCCUAAAAGAAUUGUCUUUGACCUGGGCAUCAAACGCGACCUCUCUUCCUAUGCCGCAGGUAUGCAAGGACAUAUAUCCAAGAGACAACCUAUCGUGACCUCUCCUGACACCAAAGAUAGCUUGGCCGGAGGAGGUCUAAGCGCCGCCACAGAUAUCGACUAUGUCAUGUUGAGUCACGUCCACUGGGAUCAUAUCGGAAUGCCAUCGGACUAUGAGAAGGCCAAAUUCAUUGUUGGAUCGGGUACCUUUUACAUCCUUGAACAUGGAGCACCUCACUAUACCAAAGAUAUGAUGGAAGUAGAUCCUCUCCCCGUUGACCGCACGUAUGAGCUGCCACCAGUACCUACGUCCACAAGAAAGCAUACGGCGUCCACUCAGCAAACACAGCACAGGUGGCAAAGUAUCUCCACUCUGCCGAACGCUGUCGACUUCUUUGGUGACGGUAGCCUCUUUCUCAUUGACAGCCCUGGUCACCUUCAAGGACAUACCAAUGCGUUGCUUCGUGUGAGACCGGGAAAGUGGGUUUACCUGGGCGGAGACUGCUGCCACGACGCGAGAAUAUUGACCGGCGAGAAAGGAAUUGCCACGUAUGACGAUGGACACGGAGGCAUGCGAAGCGUUCAUUCUGAGUUACCGGAAGCUACUGAAACCAUCAAGACUAUUCGGAAUUUCCUUGAAGUCAAUGGCGAGUCAGUUGAAUGGGUCGUUGCGCAUGAUCUGGGAUGGGCGAACGCCAACAAACAUCGAUUCUUCCCGCAAUGGAUGUAUGCAUAG